GGAAGGCGGGACCGUAUUAGCCGAGCAAGGGCGUUCUUUCUGCGGUCACAGGCGGCGUAGUCGUUCUAGGGGUGGGUCUUUCUUGGCAAAGGAAAACCCACCUUUUUCAUUGUUUGGAUCUCGAAGGAAUGUGAUGGUUUGAUCUUGCGGCGCAAGGGAGGGGGGUGAGAGAGAAGGAACUAGCGAGGACCCUGCUGAGAGCUGCUCUAUUCAUCCUCAAAAAGUCAAACGCGACUGAGUGGUUUGCCCUUCCAGAGAGCUACCUCCGAAAAACCGUCACCGUUCUUCUCUUGGUGUUCAAGGUGAUCACCAGUGAAAGAGGAGACAAGGCUGUAAUAAAAAGUAUUCAAAACUUCCUCCUGAAGGUAGGAGGAAAACAGGGACCUGUCUUUUAUGAUUUCUUCUUAAGAGUCCUGGAACCAUUUAGAAAACACCACCAUACAAAUGUGUACCCCUCUAUUAAACAAUCAUAAAGACCUCACAGUAGAUUAGUAUCAGAAAGAAAAAAUGACAGACACAACAAAUCGCCAUCUGAGGCACAAGUUGCAGAGCUUAGGACGACGUCUGGAUGAGCUCGAAGAGGCCAGAGGCAAACUACAGAAAGCCGAAGAUGAACUUCUUGACAUUCAGGACAAAAUCAUUCAGGCUGAGGGGAGCAAUUCCUCACUGCUCUCCGAUGUGGAGACAAUGCGAAAGAGAUUGCUCAAAAUUGAAGGCAAAGAUGAAGAGGUCAGGAAAGCAGAGGAUCUUUGUCGUGAGGUCAGGGAGAAACUAGAUCAGGAAGAGAAACUCACCAAGGAUCUUAAAGUAGAGAUCGAGCGUCUUCAGCGCAGAAUGACUGAACUUGAAAAGCUUGAAGAGGCUUUUGGUAAAAGCAAGUCAGACUGUACCCAGUUGUGCCUUAGUCUUAAUGAAGAGAAAAACCUGACCAAAAAGCUUGCAGCAGAGCUUGAUGCCUUGAAGGCCCAUAUCAAGGAAGUGGAUAGCUCUGAGGCUCGACUAGACAAGGCAGAAAAAUCCCUUACUGCAGAGAUGGACAAGCUGAAGGGUCUCACUCAGACGUUUGUGACUGAACGCAAAAGACUUCUGGAAAAGCAGAGAGAGGAUGAGAAGACCAUACUCAAGCUGACUGAGAAGCUUGAACGUCAGAAAAACAAACUAGGCCCAGCAGACCACGGCCGAUUUGAUUCUAGAGAUCUUCGAAUUGAGGAUGAGUUCUCAGCUGGCCUUACAUGCAGACUGGCCAGAAAGAAGAGUUUUGACUACUUGAAGCAUUCAGAUGACCUAGAUUUGAGAAAUGAGUCAGAAAAUGAGAAAAAUAGCUUAGAGGGGCAAGAAGAUAAUAAGGUUAAAGACCUCAGCCAGGAAGUGGAAAGAUUGAAUCGUUUGAAGCAGAUGGAGUUAGUGGAGGAGGACUUGAAGAAUAUGGAAUCCAAGAAUGCUGAACUGAAAGAAAAGUACCAGCAGGAGAGGAACCGUAGUCAAGCUCUCAAUGACCAGGUUGAGCAGAUGAAAAUGCAGCUCAAUGGUUGCAGCAGUAGCAAUGGGAACUCUGCGAUUACCAGCACUACAAAGGUCCUGGAGAAUGGCAAGGCAGAAAAUGAAGAAAUUCAUGUACGAGGCUUCAGACAAGAGAAACCUAAAAUACUGAAUAGGAGUCCUGCUGCUUCUGAACCAGUCACCUCAAAGUACAAAAGCAGAGAUGCAUCUCCGCAGCAGAGGCGAGAAUCUAAGCAGAGGAACAAAGACCUUUGUCACUCCACAGAAAGCUCCCCAAGGACUGUACGAAGGACUCUUAGUCCAGCACAUAAUGUCAGGAAAGGUAUAAAGACUGGAGCUUCCAGUACGACUACUUCUGAUAAUGGGACAAAAGAUGGAAAGAAAGAUGAAAAAAUUGGAAGUGCCUCAUCAAGUGCUCUCAGUGAAAGCAAGAAAGUUUCAGUCCUUAGUCGCUAUCCUCCAGCGGCCAAUGACCAAAAGCCUUGGAAGCCAUCUCUCAAGCAAAAUGACAGUGAUAGCAACAAGCUUCGAACAGAGAAGUUGUCCAGGUACCCUGGAAAUGAUAGUGAAUCGAACAACUCCGAUGGGUCACUCUUAACUUCAGCCAGUGCUGCUAUCAUUGCUUCACCUGAGAAAGGACUAACAGGACCCGAGAGUUUAGAUCAGGAUGCUUCUGCAAUGUUAAGUCUGUCCAAGGCAAAUGGUUCAUAUACUGCUUACAGAUCCUACAUAUCUCCAUCUGUUUUGAGUGAUCAUGGUUCUGAUGGUCACUCCUCAGCUUCCGAAACGGAAUCCAUUGGCUCUAGACGAUCAGCAAGUGAGCAAAAUGACCCUCUGAUGUCAAGUACAAGUGGAAGAACACCUUCAAAGUACACUAGAUACCCACGGGUGCAAGAAUCUUACUCUGAUGGAUCCUCAAAGGGCCCCUUCAGUGAGGACCAGCACAGGCCUCUUACGGUAGAAGCGGAUACCCAGGAAACGACGCAUAAUACUACCUCAGGAAUUGAGGUCCGCAGGGUAUGCAGCCCUCGUGAAGCCCUCCGGUCAAAAGCUGUCAUCAAGCAAGCCAUUGUUGAGAUUGACAGAAAGGAAGUGAUGUCAGGAGGAGUCACAGAGCCUUUGACCACUAGUGGGAAACCGAAGAUCUCCACUAAGCCAGUAUUGACUAGCAAGAUGACCAGCAGUAUCACCUUCUAUCCCAAUGACCCCAGCUCCUCUCGAACAAGCAGUCGGAGCAGUAGUUUAUCAAGUGAGCCCCCUUCUAAGGAAAGGCACACUUCCACAAGCAACAUUGUCAUUGGUGCCAGUAGUGAGCCCAGAGGUAGCAUCUCUAUACCUUAUGAAAUAUCCAUCCCUAAGAGUGAGAUUACUCUGCGUCAAAGUGACAGUGAUGCAGACUUCUCUGAAUCUCACAGUUACCUUGAGCAGGCUCCCGUGGAGACAGCCCUCCUAUCUCAAAGCAGCUUCAGCCUCCAAUCUUCAGAAGCUUCAGACUUGAACAAUGACAUUGAGUCUGGGUUUGAGAGCAGCAGUAGCAGCACCACCGUGACCAACUGGAGAACCCACCACAACCACCACUCAUAUGAUGACAGUUUGCCGGAAAUGAGAAACGUCACUACUGUCAGGAGCACUUGGAGGGGCCGUGGGGCACCUUCUGUAGAUGAAUCUGCUCGAGCACUAAGGCAAGACGGCUCAGAGGAUGAAAGCGAGUCUACAACCACCUGGAAAGCAUAUAGGGCAACUACAGUGUUGGACACUCCAUCGAACUCCAGCGCUAACUGUGGAAGUAAACCAAGCCCAGUCGAAGCAUACAUGCGUAGGAUCAAUAAUGCAUCACCAACGGUCUCGGAUCUGGCACGACGGAAGAAGAAGACCCCUUCACCAGAGAGGGCUAUUGCACAUGAGCCUGUCAGUGCUCAGCAACUUCAACCAAGAGUCCGUAAACACCUCAUGUCUGCAGAUGAUCGAGAAACUGCUCCUUCCUCGUGGCGAAGGCAGCUCGCAGGCGACGUGGACCUGUAUGAUAGGUCUGGGAGUCGUGCAGCUUGGUCUAGCAGGAACCGGACAGCUGAUGGAAGCCGGUCGUGGUCAAAUCGCCACCAGGAAAACUGACCCAAAUUAACCACAUUUCCAACUAGAGUUCUUACAUCUCAAAGCGGCUCUUGUGCGCAAGGAACGAAGCUCAUCUUAUCUCUUCAGUUACACCAUAUCUUUUAAAGACCCAUCAGAUGAUCAGAUUUCCAGGUGGUGACUCCUGGGAACCUUCUCGUCAUACUUUUACAUCAACCACACCUGUAUGAAUUCACCAUCUUCCAGCUGCCGCUUUGGGAACAGAAGUCACAGCGAUGAAUCCUCUUCUGCUCCUCAUAGUGUAUUAAAGUCGUCAGAUGUGACAAGGGAGAGGCACAGACAUGUGACUUGGUCUUGGUGUUUGGAUGAUGUGAAAGGGACUUUGGGUCAUUUAUGAGCAUUUUGAGACCCCCACACAAACCUCUCUGAUCCCACAGGUCCUGGUAGACAUCCAAACUUGAGUUUCAUGUGUUGUUCUCACAAGGAGCGAGUUACAGCUUGUGGCUUUUGAAUAGUUUGACAAUCUCACAUCUGUUUUUUUUUCUGGAUGGUGUUUAAUUCAGAAAUUCAUUGGGAUUAUUAAACACAGCUAAAAUUCAUUCACACGUAGAGCCAGUAGUCAACCACAUGCUAAGUCUCCAGUAUACAUACAUGUACAUAUGCCCUAGCACCUAGUGUCCAAGUUUGAUCUCAUUUGUAAUUUGCUCCUUGUAUCUGAUCAUGUCAAUUGACCUCUAUUCUGUUACUAGUUUGUUUAAUUCCUUCAUCUUCUCUUUAACUGGAUUUGAUGGUCGCACAACCAGCAUAGCGAAUGCAGGACCACCAACACUAAAAAUCUGGGAAACGCAUCUGCAUGUUGACCCUUCCCCGUCUCAGUAGCUCUGAUGGGAUAUUGGCUUUGGAUUCCAAAUCCAAUCAUCUAGAGCUGUGACCUCGUCCAUCUGGGUAGCUAAACCCAAAUGCUAGACAUUUAUGGAGGAUUUUCAGAACGGACUCCUCACAGCCGCUCUGUGACUCUACUCGCAAACUUUGCACAGAAAGACAUCGAUCCGAACUCUCGGUGUGUCGCAGGAAACCAGCGUUAGGGAUUCUGCUGGUCCGAGUCAGUCUAAUAAACCCCUAGAUGGGUUGUGUUUUCAGUUUUUUCAGACGUAGAGCUUGUUGAGCCUUCAGGGUGGCUAGCAUGACACCACAGAAGAUCCAGAAUGCUUAAGUUAGGAAUGCCUGUGCCUGGAUAAACGGCCUCGUCGUCGAAAGCAUCGGAAUGCCCAUCACUUUGUCCUUUUGCGGUUAGUACUUGUCGAAAUAUUAUUGAAUAGAGCUGCUGCAGUUGAAAUGUCUUGUACUGUUUCUAUUUUUUGGUUUUAAAUUCCAGUGCAGACUUAUUUUCUCAUUCAGACUCAGAUUCCUCUUGUCUUUGAACACUAUUCUGUGUCUGUGUGUAUUAAUAUCUCUCUUAUCCAAUACCGUGAUUGAACCUGACAAUGACGACGAAGGGUCCAUUAUCCCUCGGCCCGCCAGAUGAUCUCAGUCUCCAAUGUCACUGGAAUGUGGGAUGUUUUAUAUUUUUGUUUGUUUUAAUCGAAUGCUGUACAUGUAAUGUUCUGGGAGUUGUGUUCACGUGGGCAGCAUCUUACUUGGUUAUUACAGCUUUAAAAAGAUCCACGGUCAGUUUUGCUUCGUUCUGGUUUCAUGUGCUUCUGUGUAUCGUCUGUAUAGUCAUUCAUCCCUUUGCUUUGAUACACAAGUGGAAAUUUUUUUUUGUGUGUUGAUUUAUCCAUUUUAUUUAAGUCACUCUAAUGAAUUUGUAAUUGCACUUAAAUCAUUAAAACAGUCUUAUAAAGUAAAGUAACAGAGUAGAUCCUUUUGAAAAUAAGUCAUUUCUGAUGUAUUAAUACUGUUUUCACAGCCUUGGUUUGGAUUAUACCUCAGAAAUGGAUAUGUGGCUUAAUAGGAAAAAAAAAAAAAAAAAAAAAAAAAACAUACAGAGAGUACAGCGUUUAUGACUACAGUCAAAAGUUUGCGUGCACCUUGCAAAAUGUUAAUUAUUUUACCAAAAAAAAGAGGGAUCAUACAAAAUGCAUGUUAUUUUUUUAUUUAGUACUGACUUGAAUAAGAUAUUUCACAUAAAAGACACUUACAUAUUGUACACAAAAGAAAAUAAUAGUUAAAUUUAUAAAAAUGACCCUUUUCAAAAGUUCUUGAUUCUUAAUAUUGUGUUGUAACCUGAAUGAUCCACAGCUGUGUUUGAGUAACUGUUUGUCCUGAACUGCCUGCUGUUCUUCAGAAAAAUCCUUCAGGUCUGACAAAUUUAAUGGUUUUUCAGCAUUUUGUGUAUUUGAACUCUUUCCAACAAUGACUUAUGAUUUUGAGAUUCACACUUUCCACAAUGAGCACAAUUGAGGGACUCAUAUGCAACUAUUACAGAAGGUUCAACGUUCACUGAUGCUUUAGAAAGAAACACAUUAAGAGCCAGGGGUGAAAACUUUUGGAAUUUAAAAAUCAGCGUACAUGUAACUUAUUUUGUCGUCAGGGAAACGUAUCUUCUGUAGCUUCUAAAGCAGUAUUAAAUUAAAAAAUAUAUGAUGUUUGGGGAAAAAUAAAAAAUGUACACAAGUUCAUUCUGUUCAAAAGUUUUCACCCCCCAGCUCUUAAUUUAUCGUGUUUCCAUCUGAAGCAUCAGUGAGCGUUUAAACCUUCUAUAAUAGUUGCAUAUGAGUCCCUCAGUUGUGUUGUCCUCUGUGUCUCAAAAUCAUCCAAAUACACCAAAAUGCUGAAAAACCAAAGAAUUUGUGGGACCUAAAGGUUUUUCUGAAGAACAGCGGGCAGUUUAACCUUUCAGGACAAACAAUGAACAUAAACAACUAUCGUGCAGGUAACAACACAGUAUUAAGAAUCAAGUGUAUUUAAACUUGAAUUGGGUCUUUUUUUUAAUGUAACUAUAAUUUUGUAAACAUCUUUUAUGUGAAAUAUCUUAUUCAGGUCAGUACUAAAUAAAAAAAGAAACAUGCAUUUUGUAUGAUCCCUUUUGUUUUGGUAAAAUAAUUAACAAGGUGUGUCAACUUUUGAAUUCAACUGUAUACGUUUUGAUUCAUUUCUGAAAGUUUUCAAUAACUCAUUUGACUUCAGGCGGUGGUUUGGCUUUGUACUUCCCAAAUUUUGGUUUCUGCUUUGUUCUGCACCGUAAAACCAAACAUGUGUCUUUCCAAAUGCAUUCCCCAGACUUCACCUCUACUUCCUGUUCAGGGGUCUUGGGCUGAAGCGAACAUGCUGGUUCCUAUAUCUCAUGCCCUUGCUUUCCCAGAAUACCUUAGCGCUCUGGGCUGCUGUAAUCCAAGCUGCCGGUCCCUAAAGCCAUUUUAUUAGCUGGCUAAAGCAGUGGCUGAUAUACGACCCCCGGGUUGGUUGCGGGUCGGAGGUCGGUGCUGCACUUGAUGAGCUUAUAGCUUCUGAGGGAAGAAGUGAGACCAGCUGGCAGCAAAAGAGGAAGCUGUGAACGGCCAUGCCAUGCAUGGUACCAAGAAGAACCAGGAAGGUCAACCUGGAUUCUGUAGAGUUUUAGCCAUUGUACAAA